GAUGAGCUGGAGCUGUCAGAGCAGCACAGAGCGGACAUGUUUGCUCUCCCAGCRGAGAAGAAGUGGCAGAUUUACUGCAGUAAGAAGAUGGGACCAGAUGACAACGACAGAAUCACGAUGCCUCAGUUUUACAUUGAUAAGAUCAACUUCAUGGCUGCUAGGAAGAAUCUGGAGCCAUUAGAAGAAGAAAACCAGAAGGUUGUAGAUGGUCUGAAAACAGCACUCCGGACUCAGCCAAUCAGCUUCGUGACCCGGUUCAUCGAAAUGGACGGCCUCUCCUGCAUCCUGAACUUCCUGAAGUCCAUGGACUACGAGACGUCCGAGUCUCGGGUCCACACGUCUCUGAUCGGCUGCCUCAAGGCCCUGAUGAACAGCUCUCAGGGCAGAGCUCACGUCCUGGGGCACCCCGAGAGCAUCAACAUCAUCGCACAGAGUCUCGCAGCCGAAAACAUCAAAACCAAGGUGGCGGUCUGUGAGAUCCUCGGAGCCGUCUGUUUGGUUCCAGGAGGCCAUAAGAAGGUUCUGGAGGCGAUGCUGCACUACCARACGUUCGCCUCAGAGAGAACUCGGUUCCAGAACCUGGUGACAGAUUUGGACCGAUCCACCGGCCGCUACAGAGAUGAAGUCAGUUUGAAAACAGCCAUCAUGUCCUUCAUCAACGCUUUACUCAGCCAGGGAGCAGGAGAGAAAAGUCUGGAAUUCCGGAUCCAUUUACGUUACGAGUUUUUAAUGUUGGGCAUUCAACCCAUCAUUGAUAAACUGCGCCAGCAUGAAAACUCCACCCUGGACAGGCAUCUGGACUUCUUUGAGACGCUCCGCAGUGAUGAUGAAUACCAGCUGUCCAGUUGCUUUGACUCUGUCCACGUCGACACUAAAAGUGCCAACCAGAUGUUCGAGCUGCUGAGGAAGAAACUGAGCCACUCGGAGUCGUACCCUCACCUGCUGUCUGUGCUGCAGCACUGCCUCCUCAUGCCCUAUAAGCAGAGCAGGAGCACGCUGCAGUACUGGACGCUGUUGGACAAGAUUGUUCAGCAGCUGGUUCUGCAGACGCCCAGAGGUGACAACCCMGACGUUGCUCCUCUGGGUGACUUCAACGUUAAAAAUCUUCAGAGCUUGCUGGUUGAUGAAAACGAGGUGAAACAGUGGAAAGAUGAAGCUGCCAAGCUGAGAAAAGAGCAACAGAACCUGCAGCAGCGCCUGGAGAAGAAAGAGCGGGAGUGCGAGGCCAAGAACAAAGAGAAGGAGGAGAUGAUGGAGACGCUGCAGAAGAUGAAGGACAAGCUGGAGCGAGAGAGCAACGAGCACAAGCAGGCCAAGCGUCAGCUGGAGGACCUGUCCUCCCGUCUGCAGCAGCUGGGCUCCACCUCCGGUGUUCCUGGAGGACCUCCGGUGAGCUCUGCUGGUCAAGGUCCUGCAGCUUCUUCCUCAUCCAGCUCCACCCCUCAUCCUCCUCCACCACCACCUCCUCCAGGAGGCCCCGUAGCCUUUGGCAUGGCUCCGUUAGCCCCUCCUCCCCCUCCACCUCCAGGAGCCCCUUUAGGACUAACAGAGAAGAAGAAGAACAUUCCUCAACCCUCCAACCCGCUGAAGUCCUUCAACUGGAGCAAGCUGACGGAGGCCAAGAUAGAAGGAACCAUCUGGGCAGAAAUCGAUGAUCUGGAGGUUUUCAAAGUUCUGGAUCUGGCGGAGAUCGAGAAGACGUUUUCAGCUUACCAACGUCCAGCGAAGGAGAUUGGGGAGGAGGCGUCUAUGAAGAAAGUGAAGGAGCUGUCAGUGAUCGACGGCCGGAGAGCUCAGAACUGYAACAUCCUGCUGUCACGACUGAAGAUGACUAACGAGGAGAUCUGCAACGCCAUCCUGACUAUGGAUGAAUAUGAGGAGCUGCCUAAAGACAUGUUGGAGCAGCUCUUGAAGUUUGUUCCUGAGAAGAGUGACAUCGAACUUUUAGAGGAGCACAAACACGAGCUGGACCGCAUGGCUAAAGCUGACCGCUUCCUGUACGACAUGAGCAGAAUCAACCACUACCAGCAGAGACUGCAAGCUCUCCACUUCAAGAAGAAGUUCAAUGACCGAGUGGCCGACGUCCAACCCAGGAUUGAAGCCCUCAGUCUUGCUUCGAAGGAGGUGGUCCAGAGCCGUGCGCUGCGUCAGCUCCUCCAGGUGGUCCUGGCGUUUGGGAACUACAUGAACAAAGGUCAAAGAGGAAAUGCUUACGGGUUCAAGAUGUCCAGCCUCAAUAAGAUCGCUGAUACAAAGUCCAGCAACGACAGAAACCUCACUCUGCUGCACUACAUGAUCACUGUGCUGGAGAAGAAGUUCCCCAAAGCUGCUGCCUUCAGCGAGGAGCUGCAGAACGUUCCAGAAGCUUCUAAAGUCAGCAUGACUGAGCUGGAGAAGGAGAUCGGCACGCUCAGGUCUGGACUGAAGAACAUCAAGGAGGAGCUUCAGUACCAGCAGGCUCAGUCCUCGCAGCAUCCCAUCGACAAGUUUGUCCCCGUGGUCAGUCAGUUCAUCACCGUGGCAUCUUUCAGCUUCUCUGAAGUGGAGGAUUCACUACAGGAGGCCAAAAACCUGUUUGCGAAGGCACUGAGACUUUUUGGAGAAGACACAUCCAAACCACAACCAGAUGACUUCUUCGGCGUCUUCAGCACGUUCCUCUUCAUGUACUCCGAGGCCCGGCAGGACAACGCGGACAUGAUCCGACGGCAGGAGGAGGAGGAGAAACGGGUGCUCAAGGAGUCUCAGAUGAGGAAGGAACGAGAGCAGAGGAUGAGGAAGGCCAUGGUGAACGAUGAAGAGGAGGGCGGGGAGUUCGACGACCUGGUGUCGGCCCUGCGCUCGGGCGAAGUGUUCGAAAGUCUGUCCAAGCAGAGCAACAGGAAGCAACGCAGACACAACGGGGUCGAGAGCAGCCGAGAAAGACCGGCGCGGAAACUGAACCAGUACUAGGACAGACCACUAACCUGGACCAGUACUGGGACCAUUGGUGACCCACAACAGCUCAGUGGGUCUGAAAAACCAAACCUCACCA